AUGCCACUAGUUACAUUUACUGGACUUCCGAGCUCGGGAAAGACCAAGUUUGCCAAGCAACUCGUUGACUCCCUACAGAAAAGGAUCGAGGAAUCCAAAACUACAAAGGAACCAGGCCACAACUACUCGGUGAUAUACCAUAGUGAUGAAACAUUGGGGAUCAGUAAAGACGUUUAUAAGGACUCCACGCAAGAAAAACAUGCCAGAGGAACCCAGAUGUCGGCGGUAAAGAGAGAUUUGGCACGAAAUACAAUUGUGGUGUUGGAUACAAUGGCAUAUAUUAAGGGUUUUCGUUAUCAGCUUUACUGCGAAGCUAAAGGUUUGGCUACUCCACACUGUGUAGUCCAUGUUGUGAGUUCCGUGGACAAUUGUGUUCAAUGGAACAGAGAAUGGGAUGAGGAAGUCAUCAGACAGCUAGCAAUGAGAUAUGAAGAGCCCAAUGGAGAUACGCGUUGGGAUUCACCGUUAUUCACGGUUGUUGCAGCCGAUGACAAUGAAACACUUCCCAUUGAUGAAAUGUGGGACUGUUUGGUACUCAAAAAAGUGGCUCCACCCAACGCAGCUACACUUGUAAAACCAACUUCUGGCAACAAUUUUCUUCAAGAACUUGACCAGAAAACUCAAGCAGUAAUAAGUGCCAUAGUUCAGCAUCAGCAAAUUGCCAGUAUUGGAGGUCAGGUCAAAGUUGAAGACAUGGUAAUAGACAUGCCAGCGCAUGCGGUCAGCACGGCUCAGCUCCAGAGGAUACGAAGGACAUUUGUUGCUUUGAACCGGAUGAGAAGUAUCGACAUCGACCGUAUUACGUCUUUAUUUGUAGAGUAUAUAAACCGGACAUUUGAGUCCGAGUAA